CGCCCUGCCCUGAGCUGGUUUGUUGUGAAGAGGAUGUGUCGGCUUUACGGAGAAUCGAUCACCCUCCUUUUUCUCCUUAACGGUUUUAGAGUUAGAAACGAAAGUCCGUCUCUGGACUACUUGUCAUUUCGUCGGUCCAUAAAUCGGCGGUGUUGUUUUUAUUGUUUCGGUUGAUUUUAUCUUUUGAAGAGAACGUGAGUCCCACAUUUCGUCAACAAAACGCCGUUUUUGAAGAAGUGCCCCUUUGUUCGUUGCAUUGUAUUUAAGUAACCUUAUCAACAUGGACAUUAACGGAUACAAAGAGAUUUUACUGCCGGAUCGAUUGGACAUCAAUAAAGUAACGGAAAUAACUAAUAUGUCUGAUAUCAUCGAGGCGACCCCGCACGGCUGCGAUAACGGAGCCCUGACGGACAGGUUCGGGGUGCUGAUCCAAGGGCUGCUUGGCGUCGUGGCGUUCAGCACUCUGAUGCUGAAGAGGUUCCGAGAACCUGCGAGCAUCAGACGACCAUGGCGGAUCUGGUUCUAUGACACGUCCAAGCAGGCCAUCGGGGCGCUGUUCAUCCACCUGGCCAACGUGUUCCUGUCCACGCUCACUGAGGAGGACCCCUGCUCUCUCUACUUAAUCAACUUCCUGUUGGACGCCACACUGGGGAUGCUGUUCAUCUGGGCGGGAGUCCGGCUGGUGUCCAAGCUGGUGGAGCACAAGCAGUGGACACUGCUCACGUUUGGAGAAUACGGUGACCCCCCCCAGGCGGCGGCGUGGCUGGGACAGUGUGGCUUCUACCUGGUCAUCAUGGUGCUGGAGAAGGCCGUGGUCAGCCUGGUGCUGCUGGUCCCCGGCUGGACCAACUUGCAGGCGGUGUUGCUAAGCUACAUCACUGAUCCCCAGCUGGAGCUGGUGGUUGUCAUGCUCAUCGUGCCUUUCAUAGUCAACUCCAUCAUGUUCUGGGUGGUGGACAGUCUGAUGAUGAGGAAGUACAAGACGACGAAGAGCAUGGAGGACUCGUGCGACAGCGGCCCCGGCCUCCCGCGGUCGGGCUCCCUGCCGUUCAUUGCCGACGACGAAUCCCAGGUGCUGCUGACUGUAGAUACAGACACGGAGGACGCCACUGAGGAAGAGGAGGAGGAGGGGGGUGAAGACCAGCUCAUCCCCACACCCCACUUCUCUGAGGGAGCCCCCAAACCCAGCUGGGUGGUGGUGUGACCCAGCCCACCCAGUACCACCUGGGGCCCCCAGAAUCCACAGGCAAUCCUAAGCCCGCCCACUACUACUAUAACCAAUGAGAAGGCAGCCAUAAGAGAACCUGUACCCCUCUUUGUCUUCUGUCUGUCACUCGUACACACACAGACAUGUACAGAGGAAUCUCAGGUAGUGAAUAUUUAACGAGAAUGCUGUGAUUUAUUAUUGAUUCAUUGAUUUCCUUUCUCGUUUUAAUUUGUCUCCUGAUCACCAUCGACACAAGGGUUCUUCAUAGUCAGAUCUGUGUGUGAGGCUCCAUUUUGAAGGCCCUUCCCCCUGUGGUUCUAACAUCCUUCUGACUUGUUUUCAGCGAUUGGAAACGACGCAGUGGGCGAGUAUGUAUCUCAGGUUUUCUUUGUGCCUUUUUUAAACCUUUUUUAUCGCUACUUCACCACAUUGCCGUGCUCUUCAGGGAACAUCACAGUGACCACAGUGGAACGUACCAAAGGGAAGUUCCUCGUUUCAUAGGGGCUUAAUUAGAGAGCGCACGCCACCUUUAACCAGAGGGGGGGAGACUUGGGUUCAGGGGACAGGUCUGCAAUGGUGGCAAAAGAAGGAAAAUUCAGAGGACUGGAUUCCCAAUUUAAAUUGUGGUCCCUAACCCUUACCACGGAACUAGGCAGGGGUGAAACGUAUUAUAGGGUGAUCUCCUAGAGGUGUUUCACAUCACAGAUCCAGUUCUCAAAGGGCUGUUGGAUUGUGAUUGAUGAAGAGGUAGCCUUCACAAGUCUUCACUCGAAUGAUGUUACUUUAAAAGCCUUUCCCUUUGCUUUUAAUUAAAGGUCCUAGAGAAGUCUAUUUCAAACUUUUAUCAGGUAUGCAUUUUGAAAUGGAUAGAUUUGUGUGUGUACACUAGUUGUUGAUCAGUUAGUCAAAAGAGAACAUUAAUUGAAUGUACAUUGGACCUGUACCUUUUAAUGACUAUAAUUGUGGAUACAAUCUUUAAUCUGCUCUUCCUGUCAGCCUCAUAGUUUCUCCGCGAAGAUUACAAACGCACAUAACUUCCGGAGAGUCCAUGUGUAGCUGUACAUUCUUUAGUUGCUAUAAUGGAGACUCUUCUCUGUUGUGGCAUUCUUCGGGGGGAAAACUGCCACUUUUACAAAGCUGUACAUAACAAGGGUGGGCUGUAAAAGUGGAACUGUUAUUAUGGAGAAAUUCACUACACAUUCCUGCAACAUUCCCUGUCACUGCUUUCUUGAUUCCAUAUUAUCUUUUGUUGCUUUUACUUUGGUAGCUUCUCUCAAUGAUUUGGAAGUGAACGCAUCAUUAAUGCAGAAAUAUGGUUUGUUUUGUAAUAACUGAAUACUGGAGCAGUCAAACCAAACUGAGUAAAAAAUAUAUUAUUCAUCAUAUAUUAAUGAUGCAUAUCUUAAUUAUACCAGUUAGAUUGAUUCCCGACACCUUGCACAUUUAAUAUAUUUAUUCUGUGAUUAUUAUGCCAAUUUUUUUAUUGAUUAUUUGCCACUAUAUUGACGGCACAUCUGUGAUUAUUACAGGGGCAAUUGAAACUGUAUUUAGUCAAAUGUUUAAUCUUGAAUAUGUUAAGUACAAUAAUAUCCCAGGUCCAUUAUUAAUUGUACAGUUGGGUAAAUAUUUAAUGAUUACUUCAUCAUGCCCUACAGUAUAUCAACAAUAUUUGUGGUAUAAACAUGUAUAAUGGAAAACCAAAAUUGGAUUGUCUGCAUACUUUAUACUCCUGUGCUUUUAAAUCUACAAUGUCCUUUUAAGAUCAAUGAUGACUCGUGAAUCUUAAUUGCCUUGGGGUAUCUUUACCUACAGUAUUCAUUAUCUGCGCCUACUAUAUGAUCAACUGUUUACACAUUCACUCAACAGUAUUCUUGUCCAUAAAUGUAUUGUGAAUCCAACUUUUAAUGUGUUUUUAUUUUUUGUUUUUUUUCUGAUUUUUUUGAUUUUAUAGCCAGAAAACAGUUAUAAACUGUUGUUGAAUCAGAGUCCGUGGCCUCGGACCACAAUAAGACCGAUCAACGGUGCUCCUUAAUGAAUGUACCUUUGGUUUUGAACUUUUGAUUGUUCUACGUUGCACUGAAGAGAAUAAAGUUCGGUGACUGAC